UACUAUUUUGUCCAAAAUUAGGGCACACUGAAAUAGAAUACCUCUUUCUCAUCCACCAAAGAAGAUGAGGAGAAUUUCUCUGCGAAAUGGUAUUAUCUCUUUCUUUGCUGCUACCGAUUCUGGUUCGGCAACUACAGUUAUUAGAGCUUAUUCUUCAUGCAAUACUAAUAAAUCCAUUUCAGUAAAGGGUAAACUUGGGAUAAACAUCAAUUUUGAGAAGGUCAAGUGUUUAGAUGAUGCUUUCACUCUCUUCCAUCAAAUGGUCAGAAUGAAGCCUCUUCCUUCUGUUAUAUGCUUCUCUAAAUUAUUUAAAACUAUACUAAAUAUGAAGCAUUAUUCUUCUGUUGUUUUGCUUUUUCGAGAAAUGCAGAAAUUGGGUAUCCCAAUUGAUGGAUUCAUCUUGAAUAUUUUGAUUAACAGUUAUUGUCUGAUGCGUCGUGCUGAUUGUGCAUUUUCGGUCUUACCCAUUUACUUGAAGAAUGACAUUUCGUUUGAUGUUGUCACCUUUAACACCCUAUUAAGGGGAAUCUUUGCCGAAAAUAAGGUUAAAGAUGCGGUUGAAUUGUUCAAAAAAUUGGUGAGAGAGAAGAUUUGUGAGCCUGACGAAGUCAUGUAUGGAACAGUCAUGAAUGGGCUUAGUAAAAGGGGUCAUACCGAGAAAACUUUAAGUUUGCUCCGGUUAAUGGAACAAGGAAGUACUAAGCCCAACACAUAUAUUUACAGCAUUGUUAUAGAUGCUUUUUGCAAAGAUGGAAACAUAGAUAUUGCUGUGAACCUUUUGAACGAGAUGAAGCUGAAAGGCAUUCCUUCAAACAUAGUCACAUAUAGUUCAUUGAUUGAUGGUUUGUGUAAGUUUGGUCAGUGGGAAAAAGUUAAGACUUUGUUCUCUGAGAUGGUGAACCUUAAUAUUUAUCCAGAUGUGUGCACCUUCACCAUAGUGAUUGAUGGACUAUGCAAAGAAGGAAAAGUCGAAGAUGCAGAGGAAGUAAUGAGACACAUGACCGAUAAAGAUGUAGAGCCUAAUGUGUUCACCUAUAAUGCCUUAAUGAAUGGACAUUGUUGGUGUGGUCAACUGGCUAGAGUGAGGGGAGUUUUUGAUUCCAUGAUAGAUAAGAACAUUGAACCUGACAUUAUUAGCUAUAACACCCUAAUAAAUGGAUACUGCAAGGAAAAGAAAAUGGAUGAGGCCAUGCAAUUGUUUGGUGAAAUUUCUCAAAGGGGAUCAAAACCUAAUAUCUUUACCUACAAUACUAUCUUGCAAGGGUUAUUUGAAGUUGGAAGAAUUGGAGAUGCGAAAAAAGUUUAUGCCGAAAUGCUUUCUGCAGGUUACGUACCUAAUUUAUCCACUGAUCACACUUUGCUCAAUGGUUAUUUUAAGUACGGACUUGUUGAAGAAGCUAUGUUGCUCUUUAAUAAGUUGGAAAGAAAGAGAGAAAAUAUUGAUAUAGUAUCUUACAAUAUAAUUCUUAAUGGCUUGUGCAAAAAUGGUAAACUCGACAAAGCUCGUGCCAUAUUUGAGAAGCUUUCUUUAAUUGGAUUGCUUCCGGAUACAAGAACAUAUAAUAUAAUGAUAAAUGGAUUUUGUCUUGAAGGGUUGUUAGAUGAAGCAAGUGAUAUGCUAAGAAAAAUGAGGGACAACGGUUGUUUGCCGAACAUUGUCACUUACAAUGUUAUUGUGCAAGGUUUUCUCAGGUGUAGCAAAAUUAGUGAAAUGGCAACAUUCAUGAAGGAAAUGGUUGGAAGGGGCUUCUCAUUUGACGCAACUACAAUAGGGUUAUUAAUAAACGUUAUAAAGGAGAAUCCUUCCGUCCUUGACAUGGUACAAGAGCUUCACUCGGAAAAUAAGAAGUGAAUAUUUCUUUCACUUGGUUUAUUCGGCUGCACUAUCAUUUUGAUACAGUUUUUUAUUACUGCAAAAGAAAUGGUUUCCAAUGCAAUUGUGGAAGCUGAAAAACUGGCAAUUAAAACGUUGCUUGGGCUUUCCAGACAGGCUUAUUGAGGAGGAUGCUUUGAUUCCUCUUUUCUCAAAUUUAUUUGCCAACGAUGAGAAGGAAUAAGUAUCAGGGACUAAUAUCGAGAUUUCCUCAAUCCCCUCGAGUGUUUUGGUACUAUCUCCAGAUAACUUUGAUGAGCAAGUGAUGUCUUGGUUGAAUUUCAUGCUCAUGGUAAUUUAAAACGUCUCACUGGCAAGUCUUUCGCUCGAUUCUAGAAUUGACCAUUAAGUUCUAGUUAGAUGAUCCUGGUAAAGCACCAAAGCUGUAAUUUCUUAUCCCAAAAAAGGGUUGUACUUCAUAUCGUCAUUGACAACGUUGUACUUCAUAUCAUCAUUGACAACUAACUUAGAAGAUGGGGGAAAGGGAUUUCUUUUUUCAGAUGUAGAAGUAUGUUUGCAAUUCUCUACUGUAACUCUGUAAGUGUUUAUUUCUGUAUUUUGGAUUAUGCAUUUUAACUUUUAAGUGUAUAAUCUACUUGUUAUUUUGGAAGAAACUUAAGUGACUGGAACUAAAUGGAUUUUGUCAAAUGUUGCAACAGCUGGAUUCAGUUCAAAUUGAUCAGAAUAGGAGGGAUUCCCUAAUAUGGACAGCUAGCAAGCAUAAAAAAGUUCUCAGUUAAUAACUGCUAUAAAACAUUGACUAGACAGUCAAGCUGUUUGGAACUUAAUUGGUCAUGGAAGAUAAUUUGGAUGACUAAAGCUCCCAUAAAGUGGCAUGUUGGGAACACUUGAAGCAAAUCUGGUUCACUAUUCCUCUAUGCAUUUUCUGCACUCUAUGGUUGGAAAGGAAUAUUGCUUGUUUUGGAAGACAAAAAAGCCAUAUCUCUAGUAUUAAGAAUAUAUGUUUGUAUAAUCUUUUUUUUUCUGGUGUAAUAGCAGGCAAAUUGGAAUUAUGGAUUUCAUAUUAACGUUAGGAGGAAGAGAGUAGUUGUAUGUUUGUUGUCAUACAGCAUUGUCUGGAGUCCUGUAUUGUUUGUACCAUCUUGGUACCUUUUAUUAAUAAUACCUUUACCAUUUCAAAAAAAAGAAA